ACCCCACGUGUCAGUCUCUCCAUUAGAUAGAUCCAUGAAACCUCUGUAAGCCCCGGCGUGACUCGCACUUUCCCUUCGGCGCCAACUCGGGGUCCUGACUCAGCCCUAAAUCUAACCGCCGUUUCCCUCCUCGCCGAGUUCCGAUAGCAGAAUCGCCACCAUAUAGUGCAGAAUCGCACUCUAAGCAUCAUGAAUAUCGUACACAAUGUCAAAAAUGGUUCAUCGAAGUAGAAGAAGGAGAAUCCGAGGUCAUACGCUACCAGACUCUGAUUUAUCGUUUUCUCACUCCAUAGCUUGCUCGACUGCCAAAUUCCCGACGCCCGUUGAUGGUACGAGAUUCUUCUGGUUAGGUUUGUGAUCUGCUUACCACUUGUGUAUAUGGAAGAAGUUUGUGUCAAUAGGGAGCCAGUGUUCGGAGAAGAUGAUGAAUUUGAUUUUGAGGGUGACAGUAUCACAGUGGAGCAGUAUGAUGAAACUGGGGAAUCACAUUUGCGGAAGGAAUCCCUGCCACCUACUGUGGGUUUGGAGUUUGAUUCUUUCGAUGAAGCUUAUGAUUCUUACAAUAUGUAUGCCAAGGAACAGGGGUUUGGCAUCAGAGUAAGCAACUCUUGGUUUAGAUCAAAGAGGAAGGAGCGGUAUAGAGCAAAGCUUAGCUGCAGUAGUGCAGGUUUCAAGAAAAAGAGUGAAGCAAAUAGACCAAAACCAGAAACGAGAACUGGUUGUCCUGCAAUGAUAGUCAUCAAGCUUAUAGACUCUAAAAGGUGGAGAAUUGUUGAAGUUGAGCUUCAGCAUAACCAUCCCGUGAGUCCCCAAAUCAAACGGUUUUACAAAUCACAUAAAAAGAUGAUUCUUGCUGCCAGAAAAGCACAACCACCACUAGAGCCUGUUAAAGAAGUACAUACCAUUAAGCUGUACCGGACAGCUAUUGUGGGUAGUGGAUGUAAUGAAUACUGCAAUGCUGAGCAAGUAGUUGGUGCGAAUCAUGUUGAUCGGUCCAGGCAUUUGGAACUCAAAGAAGGAGAUGUAUAUGCAAUUUAUAACUAUUGUUGCCGCAUGAAGUUGAUAAAUCCAACUUUCUUCUACUUAAUGGAUCUUGAUGAUGAUGGGCAUCUGAGGAAUAUAUUCUGGGCUGAUGCUAGGUCUAGGGCUUCUUAUGCAUAUUUUUGUGACACAGUUGCAAUUGAAACAACAUGCUUGGCAAACAAAUAUGAAAUCCCGCUGAUUUCCUUUGUUGGUGUGAACCAUCAUAGACAGCCAGUGUUGCUGGGUUGUGCUUUUGUUGGACAUGAGUCAGUUGACUACUUUAUUUGGGUUUUCAGGGCAUGGCUUAGUUGCAUGAUUGGUCCCCCUCCUCAAGUUAUAGUUACUGACCAGUCAUACCCCUUGCAAAAUGCAGUUUCUGAGGUUUUCCCCAAAGCCCGGCAUUGUUAUUGUGCAUGGUAUAUCAUGCAGAGAGUUCCAGAGAGGUUAGGAGGACUGAAAGGAUAUGAAGCAAUCAAACAACAAUUAAACGAAGCUGUCUAUAAUUCCUUGAAGAUAUCUGAGUUUGAAACUUCUUGGGCUGAUAUGAUAAAGCAACAUGGACUUGGUAAUAAUACAUGGCUCCAAGCUUUGUAUGAAGAACGGCAACGGUGGGUUCCUGUUUAUUUAAAGGAUAUAUUUUUUGCUGGGAUGAUCCCUAUCCAAGAAAGUGAGGGCUUAAAUGCAUUUUUUGAUGGUUAUGUACAUAAACACACAUCCUUUAAAGAAUUUGUUGAUAAGUAUGAUCUGGCCCUGCAAAGAAGGCACCAUAAAGAAGCCAUGGCAGAUCUGGAGUCAAGAACCUCAAGGUUUGAAUUGAAAACGAGAUGUAAUUUUGAGGUGCAGCUCUCUAAGGUUUAUACAAAAGAAAUUUUUAGGAGGUUUCAGUCUGAGGUUGAGGGGAUGUAUUCUUGCUUCAACACGAGGCAGGUGAGUGUUAAUGGCCCAAUUGUAACUUACAUAGUGAAGGAACGUGUUGAAGUUGAGGGAAGCGAGAAGAAGGUUAGGCAAUAUGAAGUUCUCUAUGAGACAAAUCAAGUUGAUAUCAGAUGCAUUUGCAGUUUGUUCAACUACAGAGGUUAUCUUUGCCGGCAUGCGCUAAAUGUUCUUAAUUAUAAUGGGGUGGAUGAAAUUCCUUCUCGCUACAUUCUGCACAGGUGGAGCAAGGAUUUUAAGUGCAGGUCCCCGCAGGAUAAUGGUUUUGGCAAUAUUGAUGUGAAUAACCCAGUUUAUUGGAUUAAUCGUUUGUAUAAACGUGCCAUUUCUGUUGUGGAAAAGGGAGCACAAACUGAAGAACAUUAUAGGAUUGCGCUGCAAGAGUUGGAGGAGUUGUUGAGCAAAUUCAAUCUUGCAGAGGACAACUCGUUGUAAAUUAUGAAUCCAGUGUAAGCUAUAAGCAGGAAAUGCUAAGGGUCUGAAAUUUUACUACACUAAUUGCCCUAUAUCUUCUUUCAUUUUCAUUCGUUAGUUGGGGCGUCUGUCCUUCCGUUAUGAUUGUGCAAGCACUUACAUUGUGGUUAUCUCAAUUUGAUCAAGAGUCCUUAAUUAUUGAUCCA